AGUCUCAGUGAGGUAGAAACGGAGGCAGGGCACAAUACAAAGGCACUAUAUAAGAAAUGACAGUCGUGUUGGGAACAGAACAGACUGUAGUGCAGCUUCAUCAUGAUGUUUUACUGCGGAGAAACUGUCAAACCAGACGGAUUUGGGUUAGUGAAUGUGAACAGUGUGAAGUUCACGGACACUGGAACUGGAUACUUUUGUCCCAAAUCCAGGAUCAGGGACGUGUCUUUGGGGAAGAACCUUGUGGGAUUUAUACGUGCUGAUGGAAACGCGUCUGUCAUGAGACUGGGGGAUCACGGAAAUGUGGGAAAACUCAAACCAUUAGACCAGAAGAAAGACAAAAUCAGACUGAUCAGCUGUGGUGAAGCUGGUGCUGUACUUCUGACAUAUGGAGGCAGAUUACUUUCUUUGGAGAAAGCUCAUGUUUGCAGGCCUAUCAAGGAGCUCAGCAAUGAAACUGUAAUUCGGGUUGCGUGUGGAAAUCAUCACUUCAUGGCUCUGACAAAUGAUGGUAAGCUGUUCACGUGGGGUCAGAACUCGAACGGUCAGCUAGGUUUGGGGGGGGAUCUGUCCAGCUCUCCAUCUCCUCGGUUUCUUAAGUCUCUGUGUGGGAUUCCACUGGCUCAGAUCAGCGCUGGAGGAGACCACAGCUUCGCCCUGUCUCUCUCCGGAGCCGUGUUCGGUUGGGGAAAGAACAAUGCUGGGCAGCUUGGUCUGGGGCAUACAAAUGACGUGUACAGUCCAACCUGUGUGAAUAGCCUGAGCCAAAAGAAAACAAUUUCCAUCUCAUGUGGAGAGGAACACACUGCUACUUUGUCAAAGGGAGGAACAGUCUUCACAUUCGGAUCAGGCCGUUUUGGACAGCUUGGUCAUAAUUCAUUACGAGAUGAACUUCGGCCUCGUGUGUUGUCCGGGCUCUCGGGUUCAAAUGUGUCUCAGAUCGCAUGUGGGAGGCAUCACACUCUGGCGCUGGUCAAAUUGUCAAACACAAUCUAUUCAUUUGGAUGUGGAGAACAAGGACAACUAGGAAAUGGGCAAAGAACCAAUCAGAGUGUGCCACUUCCUGUCCAGCUGCCACCAGCGGCAAGUAACAGCCAUACGCUUGAGAGAAUCAUCGCUGGUGGGAAUCGAUCCUUUAUCAUGAGCUCUCCUCAGAACUCUGAACCUGAGCCUAAUCGAAUUAGGGAGAUCGUGACAUUAGGGGACAGAAUGAUUCACAGAUGGGUAACCGAGUGUGAAUCAAAUCAGUGGACGACGAUCAAAAAGGAAAUAAAAACAGUUUUCUCAUCCCUGGCUUGUAUAAAUGGGAGCUUCAUUAUGAACGGUUGUGAUAGACAUUAUCAGACAUCCACACACUUCUCUGGCUUGAAUAUGGAGUCGGUGAAAAGUGCUUUUGACCGUUUGGCUGAGAAGGAGAGAGUGUUGUUGGAGGUAAAGAAGGUGGUAGAGAAAGAUCUUCUUCCCACUCUGGGUUUCACGGAUGCUGGUGUGGAGGCUUUGAGGGUUUUUCUCAUCCUGCCUGAACUCCUGCGAGUGCUGGCCGAACUGGGACAUGAGACAAAGCUCACAGCAUCUUAUGCUUCUGCAGUUUUAAAUCUGAAUCCGGGUAUGCUGGGAUUUUUAGAGAACUUCUGGUCUGAACUUCCCGAACCCUUCCUUAAAACAAUAGUGAAACUUUUUCAAACUUCAUCUGGGAAAAUGAUAUCUGAGAUGAUGUAUGGAAAACAAAACAACAUGUAUUCACCCUUAUGUUCAUCAUUACAAGUCCUCCAGAUGCUCUACAAGGCUUCCUGCAGGAACCAAAGAAGUCUCACACCUGGAGAUUUCAUCAUCUAUGAGAUCAAUGAGCUGUUUGACAUGUUAUAUGCUGUUCAGACAGACAUCACUAAUGCUUUUUGGACUGCAGACAUUAAUGUGCUUCUGGAACAAAAACAACACUAUAUGCAAACCUUAAAACUUCUGAUCUCGAGCCCUUGCGUCUUUACUUUGGAGACUAAAUACAGACUUCUAAAGUUCAGAGAACCUCUGGUACCAUUUAGGAUGGAGUUAAGCCGCACCACACUCCUGGAGGACUGUUUCGAUUGCCUGAGGAACGCAAGUGAGCAAGAGCUGAAGGGCUGGCUGCAGGUGGUGUACUGUGAGAACUACGAAAAGAGCGACGUCAAUAAGAGGGACUUCUUUCACAAUGCAUUCAAAACGCUGCUGGACCCAGAAUCGAAAAUGUUCAUGUACAACGACACAAAAACGCACAUCUGGUUUCCUGUUGAGCUCAGUUUACCAGAGGACACAUACUUUUUUCUUGGACUACUGUGUGGUCUGGCCUUUUACAACAACAGCGUUGUGCCUAUUCCCAUUCCUUUAGCCUUGUUUAAAAAACUUCUUGACAUCGAACCUACCCUGGACGAUUUUGCUGAGAUAAGUCCUGUCGAAGCACGGAGUUUGCAGUACAUCCGAGACUACAGUGAUGAUGAUGCUGAGAACAUGGGCAUGAUCUACACUAUUACGUGGAAUGGCAAGCAAGUCGAGCUAGAUCCAGACGAGCCUGAAAAAGCUGUGACAAGCUCGAACAAAAACGUGUUUGUGGACACGUACGUUGAUUACGUCCUGAACAAAUCGGUGGAACGGGUGUUUAAUGAGUUUAAGAAAGGCUUCUACAAAGUGUGUGAGAGAAGCAUGGUGAACUUAUUUCAGCCAGAGGAGCUCAGAGGCGUGAUGCUGGGCUCGGAGGAAUACGAAUGGGACGCACUCAAAAAGAAUGCAACUUAUGCACACGGAUUUGACGAAGACCACCCUACAAUUGUCCUGUUCUGGGAAGUGUUUGACGAACUGUCGGACCAGGACAAGAAAGCUUUCCUCUUGUUCGUGACUGGGUUCGAUCGAGUUCCAAUUCUGGGUAUGGCGGAGGUGAAGAUGACAAUGCGACCUCUAUUUUACGCCACACAGGAUUAUCUGCCCCAGGCCCUUACAUGUCAUACCAUCCUGGAUCUCCCUAUAUACCAAAGCAAAGAAAUACUCCAAAUGAAGCUCACUGAAGCUAUACACCACAAGAGAGGAUUCUGGGAGGAUUAAAAAUGAUGGUCUAUGCAAAUUGUUGUUUUAUAUAAUUUGUUAUUAUGCUGCUAUAUGAAAAUGUGGACUCUGUGAUGUGAGCUGUGUGUCUUGAGACUGCAUAUCAGCCUAAUGACUUGACGUUUGUGGGAUUUUUAUACAAUCCUUCUGAUAACUCUAAGAAACUUUAUUGUCUAUACAGACCUGAGAUCAGGAUAGAAACAGGGACCCUGGAUGUGGACUCUUACUGAUGAGCACACCGGUUGUUCAAAGCCGGGUCAUAUCGUGUGCACUUUUGAGGAUAUUAUGUAAUUUCACAUGACAACAAAAUCAGCAUUAAGUCUUAAUUUCUCGAGUCUUAAUUUCUUAAGUCUUUAUUUCUUUCAGAAAACUAUCUCUGUUCCAUUUCAA